UCCCACAGCUGUGACGCCAGCGCUAUUUACAGUAAUAGUCAAGGGUUCCAUAGCUGCGCAUAUAAAGCUAGGUAUUCGGGGAAUGGAAAAACUUGCGUUGUCGCCACCUGCUGAUCCCAACAGCGCUUAUUGCAAGGAUGUCUCCUUCAAUGAGAAGUACAACAGCACCCCGAAUGUGUUUGUUUCUGCAAAUCAUUCAACCAGUGGUGGAAAUCUGCAACCGAUGCACAAUGGGAUAACAGCUUGGGUUGAGUUCAUCAAUGAGACAGGACUCAGAGUUUGUCUAAAGGAGUUUUACGAGAUAAAGUAUGACCCACUUUCAGUGUCGUACACUGUUUUUUCAGAUGAGAAUAUCGUUGGACUUAUAUAUGCCAACCAGGGUGGAGUUAUUUCGACGGCCGCAGGAAUUUUACAGACGAGAGUAUAGUGUAGUUGCCCGAAUAAAAUUGAUAGAAUUGGAGGAGGGUAAUAACAUGUAGGACUAAAUAUGGACUCUUCUAGAGAUAAUAACUGUCUCCACUCCUAAUAAAAUGAUAAUAAAAAUGAUAACACUCACUAAGAACGAAUGUCGCAAGACGAAAUAGGUUUGCAAACCCAUGCGGCACUUUGUUCAUCAUUUUGGCUCUUACUUAAGUGACGUCUCUGUAGUUAGAUGAAACUUGCCGCAACAAUGUAUCUUCAAGAUGUAACUGUAUUUACCCGAGAUAAGAGUGAUGAAUCUCGCGUGUUUAAAUCCACAUGUUGUCCCCCACUACUGGUUUUCACCUGCUUUUUAAUUUACUUCAAUCAUGGUGAUGUGCGCACGUGAUACACGACUCUUAAUAGUGUCUCUUAGUUAGUGAUCCAUUGACUUUUUUUAAUGAAUUUCCGUUUAGGAACAAAAAGACCUAAGGGUAAUGUAGCGUGGCUGCCAGAAAAUCUAACGGUAAAGUACCAGAAUCCUUCAUGCUUUUCUUGUUUUUUGGUCAAAAUAUUUUGAUCAAAAUUUAAUCACUGUGAUGACGAAUAAUUGCGAUGUCGAACAUCGUUGUCGAUAAGAGUGCAGAGCACGCUAAAAUAUUGUCAAUUUGUGAAACUGUAAAAGAAAAAAAACUUACAUUUGCCUCAGUAAGUUUGGUAAA